GCCUGUAAAUCCUGCCAAAAUGCUAAUUCGUGAAAGGGACAACGAAGCUUCUUCCCAACCAGACUCAUCGUUAGAUGUGCAAUCCUGUUCCACAACUUCUGAUACUACGUUAGACGUGCAAUCCUGUUCCAUAACUUCUGAUACUACGUUUGACGUGCAAUUCUGUUCUACUCCAAGUUCAUCUUCCGCACGCGAGCAAGCGAAAAAAUCGAAAGGCGAGCAAGCAGUAGUAGACGCAAUUACUGCUUUACUUCAACCUUCACCUCAAAAAGAACAGAUCACUACUCACUCUCGAAGGAUUCAUGUCAGCAGGUGUAUUACAUCCGAUGAAUAUAUUGCCGAAAAAAAAAGAAUGGAAGAAGAAAAAGCGAAAAAAGCUGCUAAGCCAAAAAAACGCAAAGGUGCUCGAGUUGAAAUGAGCAGUGGCGAGGAAGACGAAGCUUACGUAGAUGAUCCUGACACGCCUCCUCCAAAAAAAACGAGAAGAAAAAAACGCAAAGCUGAUCAGGUUAAAAUUUAUACGAGUAGCGAAGAAGAAAACGAAGAUUACGACGAUUACGUAGAUGAGCCGCCUCCUCCAAAAAAGACCGAAACGAGAAAGCGCAAAGCCAACCAGGUUGAAAUGAGUAGUGAAAAAGAACUUGUCGAUUCAGAAAUAGAAGAGCUCGAUUAUGUAAUCGUCAGAUUCCCAGUCUCACAAAAUAAUAGAGAUCGUUUAUGGAUUGGACAAGUCUUGAAAAAAGAAAAGCGAUCAGUCACGGUGAAAUUCCUUAGAAAAAAAGUAUCGGAGAAAUUCGGAGCCAUCUUUACAUACCCGAUUACAGACGAUACCAUGUCCGUUAACCAUUCCCAGAUAAAAAGAAAAGUGAAAAUCAAUUAUAUAAAAAGAGGAGUGCAUGUUUUUCAUUUAACAGACGAUGAAAUUAAAGUUGUGGAGUAAUUUUUUAAAUUUUUACACGUAUUACAUAUGUACUAUGUAAUUUACUAUAUAAUUAGUAUGUAAGUCAAAAAUCUGC